AUGGUUCAAACAAAACUCUGGCGCAAUUGGUCGCCUCGGACUGUCCUUUUUGCAAUCAACGUCUUCGCGGCAGUUGCGAUUUUCUUCGAAGGUUAUGAUCAAGGUGUCAUGGGAGGUGUGAACGGCUCUCCAGACUACCAGAAGGUGGUGAAUAUUGGCAGUGGAGAUGGCAUUGUCACUCAACCAACCAAGCAGGGUGGUCUGGUAGCAGUCUAUUACUUGGGUGCUCUCUUUGGUUGCUUCUUGGGCGGUUGGUUAAGUGACAAGUUAGGCCGUAUCAAAAUCGUCUUCGUGGGGGCAUGCUACUGCCUGAUUGGAGGAGCCUUGCAGGCUGGCAGCAUAAACGACAAAAUGUUCAUUUGCGCGCGUGUCAUCACUGGCGUGGGUACUGGCCAUUUGAAUGCGAUCGUUCCAGUUUGGUCUGCCGAGGUUGCUCAGAGCCAUUCAAGAGGAGCCUUCAUAUGCCUUGUGUUCUUGGCUAAUUAUGUCGGCAUUUCAAUUGCGUACUGGCUCUCUUUUGGACUCAGCUUUACUAGCGAGAGCGUCGGUCCUAGCUUUCGGUGGCGCUUCUGUCUUGCUUUCCAGUGCUUACCGGCAAUAAUCCUAGCAUGCGCUAUCUGGCUCCUCCCCGAAUCCCCACGAUGGCUUAUCAAGGCAGGUCGCAAUGAAGAGGCCCUGGAAGUUCUUCAAGCUCUGAGAGGUGACAAUAGCGCCAAUGCUGAAGCUGUUCAGCAGGAGUAUAACGAAAUCAUUGAUGUUGUCGAGGCCGAGAGGUCUCUGGCUGAGAAGGGAAAUUUCCUUUCUUUGUUUUUUGGCACGGCGUCUGGCAAGCUUCACUUGCCUCUUCGGGCAAACCUGGCUUUCUGGCUGCAAGUUAUGAUGGAAUGGAACGGCAUCACUGCAAUCACAGUAUUCUCGCCCACAAUCUACGCGCAAGCUGGGUACGGCACCACAAAAGCCGGUUGGCUCAGUGCUCUAACAAACACAACCGGCAUAUUUGGGACCCUCAUUGCCUCCCAAACAAUUGACAGAUUCGGAAGAAGGAAUCUCAUGUUCGUUGGGGCCGCUGGCAUCGCUGUUACACUGUUCUUGGCUGGCGGAUUUGACAGGCUGCUUGUUAAUCGCCCCAGCCAAGCUUCGGAGUACGGUGCUGUCAGUGUCCUGUGGAUAUUCUUAUUUACUCUGAUUUAUAGCUCUACAUGGCUCAUGGUACCCUUUGUUUAUCCAACUGAGAUUUUUCCAGUCGCCCACAGGGCUUUUGGAAACGGCUUUGGCGUUGCAGGAUGGGCGAUUGGCUGUGGCUCUUCCAUUCUGGCAAAUCCGGUCAUGUUCAGCCGGAUACAAGAGAAGAUCUUCUACGUUUACGGCGCAUUGAAUAUUGCUUGGAUCCCCUUAGUUUAUCUCUUCUGGCCAGAGACAGCAAAGCGCUCGCUCGAGUCUAUCGACUGGCUGUUCGAGUCAUCCGUGCCAUUCACCUGGAAACAAGAAGCGCACUAUAAACAUGCCAAGGCGGAGUUUGACAGACUGCAUGAUCACAACCAUGCUGACAAGCAGAGUGGUAUGCCCUCGGAAGUGGAGUAA